CUCUGCCUGCCAAAACGGGAAAUGCGUUCACAUUUGACUGGGCUGUAAUAGCUGUUCUCACAGUAUAUGAACAAAGGGGACAUUUUGAAAGGCACGUAGUAGGUAGCAGGACAGAGCAGCGAAUGGAAGUUUAAUCUAUCCUUAAAUUCCUAGAGGAAUCAGGUAUCAUCGUUGACUUUUUUUUACAACCAACAACAGAGGACAGAAGUAGGAACUCACUAUGUCUGAUGGGGACUAUGAUUACCUCAUCAAGUUCCUAGCUCUUGGAGACUCUGGAGUUGGGAAGACAAGCUUCCUGUAUCAGUACACAGAUGGCAAGUUCAGCUCCAAGUUCAUCACCACAGUGGGCAUCGAUUUCAGAGAAAAGCGGGUGGUAUACAAAUCCAACGGUCCGGACGCGGUAGCGGGAAAAGGCCAAAGAAUCCAUAUUCAGCUGUGGGACACGGCGGGACAGGAAAGGUUUCGGAGCUUGACGACAGCUUUCUUCCGAGAUGCCAUGGGCUUUCUUCUAUUGUUUGAUCUCACAAAUGAGCAAAGCUUUCUCAAUGUCAGAAACUGGAUGAGUCAGCUACAGAUGCACGCAUACUGCGAGAACCCAGACAUUGUGUUGUGUGGUAACAAGUGUGACCUGGAUGAGCAGAGAGCCGUCAAAGAAGAGGAGGCGAAGGAGCUGGCAGAGAAGUAUGGAAUUCCCUACUUUGAGACGAGCGCAGCAAACGGCACCAACGUGAAUCAGGCCGUGGAGGUUCUGCUGGACUUGAUCAUGAAGAGGAUGGAGCGCUGCGUGGACAAGUCGUGGAUCCCAGAUGGCACGGUGAGGUCAAAUGGGCACAGCACCAGCGAGAAGACGGCAGAGCAGAAGGAGGAGACGAAAGGCAAAUGCAGCUGUUAGGAAUAUGAAAGGCAGACAGGGCUGACUGAGCCGUGCUCGCAUGUAAGGGCCCCAUCGCCAGCACUGGGGAGAGCUGGUACUACACAGUACUACAGUGUGUCACGUGUUUACCAACCAAUGGCAUUGGGAGUUCUCUGCUAGGCAGGUGAAAAGUGGGAUUUGCUAACAUGUGUGUCCACCAGUUACAUCAAGUUAAUUUUGCUCAUCAGCACUAGUCAUGGGUCCAAAGGAAAUUGUCAGUAAUUUCGAUGUACAUACAGUUUGGUCCAUAAGUAUUUGGACCAUGACCCAAUUUUUAUAAUUUUGGCUCUGUACAUGUCCACAAUGAAAUUGAAAUUAAGCAAACAAGAUGUGAUUGAAGUGUAUGCCUUAAGCUUUAAUACAAGGGGUUUAACAAAAAUCUUGUGAGCCGUUUAGGAAUUCCAGCCAUUUUGAAAUAUAGUCCCCCCAUUUUCAGGGACUCAAAAGUAGUUGGACAAACUAACAAUAUAAUAACAAUAAUGAUCAUUUUAAUACUUGGGUGAAAAUCCUCUAUAGUCAAUGACUGUCUGAAGUCUGGAACCCAAAGGCAUUAGCAAAUGCUGGGUUUUCUCCCUAGUGAUGCGUCGCCAGGCCUGUACUGCAGCUGUCUUCAGUUGCUGCUUGUUUUUUGUUGGUCCUUCUGUCUUUAGUUUUGUCUUCAGCAGGUAAAAUGGAUGUUUAUUUAGGUCGAGGUCAGGUGACCAACUCUGCCAUUGAAAAGUAUUCUCCUUCUUUGCCAUGAAAAACUCUUGGGCUGCUUUCGUGUUUUGCUUUGGGCAUAGUUGUCCAUCUGUACGGAGUAGUGCUGUCCUAUCAGUUUCGCAGCAUUUGCUGAAUCUGAGCAGAUAGUAAUGUCUUAUUCACUUUGGAAUUCAUCCUGGCGCUUCAUACCAUCAAUAGAUACUAGUGAUCCAGUUCCACUGGCAGCCAUACAUGCCAUCCCAUAAUACUGCCUUCACCCUGUUUCACAGAUGAUAUGGUAUUCUUUGGAUCAUCAGCAAUUCUUUCCCUUCUCCAUACUUUUUAAAUCUGUACAAAGAAUUUUGCUUCAGACCUGGGCAAGCUUUUUUAGUUUUUUUUUUCCUGGCAGUCUAAUCUGGCCUUCAUGUUAUUGAGGAUCACCAGUGGUUUGCGCCUUGUGGUAAACCCUCGCUUUGCUUUCAUGAAGUCUUCUUUUGAUUGCAGACUUUGGCAAUGAUAUGCCUACCUCCUUGAGAGUGUUCCUUACCUGGCUAGAUGCUGUGAGAGGGUUCUUUUCCACCAAAGAAAGCAUUCUGCAGUCAUCCAUCACAGUUUAUUUGUUAAUAGAAUUUGGACAGCCCAUAACUGGGUAUGAAACAGCUUGUUAGUCGUUGUCCAGUUAAUUUUGAACUCUUAAUCGGGAUGUAAUUUAUAAAUUUGUUAAACCCCUUGAAAUUAAAGCUGAAAGUCUACACUUAAAUCACAUCUUGAUUGUUUCAUGUCAAAUCCAUUGUGGUGGUAUACAAAGCCAUAAUUUGUGAGAAUUGAACAAACUACCAGCACGCACCAGGUGUACACCUUGCCUACCUGUUGAUGAUCGUGAAUUUAGUUUUUCAGAAAAAUUUAUUUCUUAAUGUAAUCUUAAGAACAGGAUCCGCUCCACCACUUUCAAAAUUCACAAUUUUAAUGAAUUGUUGGUUCUAUAAAUAGAAGCAAGUAGGUCUACAUUAUUAUUAUUAUUAUUAUUUUUAUUUUUUUUAAACAAGGAUUAUAUUAAAAUUUUCAAGUGCCAAGUAUAAACUGUGUGUGGGGCAAUUAAAUACAAAAAUGUUACUGUUUAUGAAAAUAAAGUUAGGUGUUUGGUGUGAGCACAAUGAAAGCGAUGAACGACUUACUGGUGAACUGUCCGUGUAGGAACCACUCGUUAACAAUGUUCACUAGAGCAGCUCCUGUGGGGGUUAACUUUUUUAAAAUUUAUUUUUUGUACUGGUUUUAUAGUUAUAAGACACUGUGCCAUUUUUCAGUGUAAAUAGUUAUAGACAGGAUUAGACAUUGGGAUAAACUCCCAAAGGAAAUAUCGGAGAAAUCUGGAAUAUAAAACCGUGGUCACCGGUCUUAAUCGCGACAGGAAACCCACGCGCGACAUAGUGCUGCCCUCUGCCGGUUGAGAGUGAUUUUUAGCGAAGACUUCAAACCAAAUCUGAAUAUCUCUUGAGUUUAAAGCUGAAAUGUGAUCAAUGCAUUAAAUUAGCUGCGUUCUAAGUACAUUUGUACGGCAGGUUUUUUUUAAAAAAAACAUUAAAAGAUCUGACGAAGGUUUUUUGAGCUGUUUUGAAUCUUCCAUCCUGUUUGUUUCACUGUUUCACUGCCUAAACACACUUUAUGCCAAAUAUGUAAACUGUAUCCCUUAUUCAGAAGAUGCUUGUAUUUUAUUUAUCAAAAUCAUUUUCUCUCCUGAAACCUCUGUACAUGCUUUAGGCCUGUCACAAUGGAUUGAAGAGGCAAAGGUUUUUUGAAAUUUUAUAUUUAUCUUGCCUGCAUAAAGUCAGUUGACACGUUUUUGGAAUUAAUUUCAAAUUUGAAAUAUAGGCUGACCGCAUAUUUUACACUAGUUUUUUAGUGAAUACUUAUGGUAUGCCUAUAAACAACGUGCAUUUACUAUUACUGUUAUUAUUAUCAAUAAACUUAGGCACAGGACAACUACUGAUAGGCCUAUAUAGGUGAGUAUCACAGAAAAUUCACUAUUUACUUAAUUUUCCUUUGAUUUCAAUACGGCAGGCAUGGAGUUAACAAAAGAUGUGUUAGCCAUUGUAUGCACCUUGAUGUUCAUGAAUCAAAUAAAAUGCAAAUUGGACAUUG